ACGCAACCCCACGAACCCCCAAACCCCAAGCAAGCAACAAUCCAGCCAAUCUCGUCGUCGCAUCGCCCUUAUCUCCCGCACGGCUAGCACGUGCAACAAGCCUCGUCGGCAAACAAGCUUCCUGGGGAAGGCAGGCGAAGCUUUCGAGCCAAUGUCCGGGGUUAGGCUUAUCACUCGCCCGCCACGCAGCCCUGCAACCUUCGACCCGUGCAACCCGCGCGCGCAAUCAGGCCUGGGGUUGCAGCCAGUCGUGGAGCGUUUAAAUAUCGCAUGCUUCGCCAAGGAUGGGGUACAUUUACUCGCUGUGUUCCUGUUGUCUGCUUUUUCGCGCUCCAUAUUGAGCCCGUUAUCAGUGCCAGAUUGCCCUCUUUGCACUACUCAUAUACUGUCACUUGCAGCUCCACUCAUGUUCGGCGAGGCUUCUUUGCAACCUCAAGCACUGCAUAUAGAACACUCUGCUUCCUCGCCUGCCAACGGGAAUUGCAGACCUAGUGAAGACACUCUCGUCAACCGUCGACGAUCUAGCGACAACACGCUCUUCGAACGGAGCACGAUGCCUCAAGCGUGCAACACGAUCACACCACAGGAAGAUGUAGCGCGGAAGCGCAGUUUCGGCAUCGGGGGCGCGGGAAACAUUCGCUCUGCCGCGCAGAUCCAGGCUAGGAUUGAAGAGGACGGGAGGAAAGGGAAAGACGAAGAAGGACGUCGGGACAGCAUGUGGUCGAGACGGAGCUCGAGGAAUGGGUCGAUCGUGGGCAAGCUAUUCCGGAAGGGAUCGAAGAGUUCCGAGUCGGCGAUUGUGGAUGAUUCUGCGUGAAUGUGAGGGAAGAGAUAAUCGUGCUGCAAGAGCGUGUGUGAUUUUGGGAAAGGCUAGGCGUUUUGGUGUGCGAGUAAGUCGUUACAAGAAUGUUGACUCAUUGACACGUAUAACCUCCGUCGAUGAUCAUGCUGUGGCCUGUCACGAACGCC